AUGGAAGAGCGGCUACCGAGCCGCUGGCUGCUGCUGCCGCCGCUCCUGGCGCUGCUCUUCCUCUUCGUCCUCUACCAGUACGCCUCUCCCGGCGGAGGCUGUCUUAGCGGGCCCGCCGCCGCUGCGCCCGAUCCUCCGGCCGUUUCCCCUUGCGGCGCCGGGGGCCACCCGGCCCGGCGGAGGCAGCGCUUCCCCGGGGACCCCGCGGGGCUCUCGUCCCGCCCGCCGGGCUCCCCCGGGCGCAGGUCCGCCUUUGGCCUGUCGGAGCUGUGCCGCCGCGCGCGUUUCGACAUGCGCGGCCGCGACGUGAUGGUGUUCCUGCACAUCCAGAAGACCGGCGGCACCACCUUCGGGAGGCACCUGGUGCGCAACAUCCGCCUCGAGCAGCCCUGCUACUGCCGCGCGGGGCAGAAGAAGUGCACUUGCCACCGGCCGGGGGCCGCCGCUGCUGCCACGCCGCCGGAAGGCGACAAGGGGGACAAGGGCGACACGUGGCUCUUCUCGCGCUUCUCCACCGGCUGGAGUUGCGGGCUGCACGCCGACUGGACCGAGCUCACCAGCUGCGUGCCCGCCGCCAUGGACCGCAGGGGGGGCUGCCCCGCCAACCGCACCCGCAGGAUGAAAGGAUACAAUGCAGAAUAA